UAAUUUUUGUCAUCUCUUUUUUAUCAAGGAUUUAUAUCGCAGAAAUUCGUGUCAGAAAUCACAUAAAAAAAACAAGAACAAAAAGACUUUAUUUUUUGUGCUUUCAUGAACUGUGGUUUCUAUUUGAUUACUUCUGGUCUUCUGGCGUUCGACAAAACUUAUAUCGACAAUAUCCUCAUCAAGUGAAACAACUAGAAGUUAUCAGCCUUUAAACAGCAAAACACACACACACAUAUAUAUAUAUUGAAAUGUACAGCCGUAUACACUCAAAAAUUAACCCAAGGCUUACAACUACUGUCUUGCAUUCCUCUAUUCAAUCCUUUUCUCGCCUAUCCACUCUCCGUCCUGCAGUCCGUGCGACUCCUAAAAAGUCCGUACCCAUUGGCAUUGUCCGUUUCUUUUCAUCUUCGUCUAUUUCUCGAUCUAGUCGUGAUGGAGCCGCUGUUCAAGUAUCCGAAGAAAUUCUAGGCGAAGUUCCUUUGUUAGAUGUUCAAAACGUUCUUGUGGUAGGAUCUGGAGGACUUUCUAUUGGCCAAGCUGGUGAAUUUGAUUAUUCUGGCUCUCAAGCUAUUAAAGCAUUGCGCGAGUCUGGUGUAAAAACGAUCUUGGUUAAUCCAAACAUUGCUACCAUCCAAACAUCUCACUCUUUGGCCGACUCGGUUUACUUUCUGCCUGUCACACCUGAAUAUCUUAUCCAUAUUCUUGAAAGAGAGCGUCCAGAUGGUAUUCUUUUGACUUUUGGUGGACAAACCGCUCUCAACUGUGGCAUCCAGCUCGAUCGUAUGGGUGUUCUCGAUCGUCUUAACAUCAAAGUUCUCGGUACACCUAUCAAAACAUUGGUAACUUCUGAAGAUCGCGACCUCUUCGUCAAGGCCCUCAAUGAGAUUGGUAUCCCUGCUGCUCAAUCCACUGCUGUUGAGAGCGUAGACGAAGCCUUGUCUGCCGCCGAUGAGAUAGGAUACCCUGUCAUUGUCCGUUCCGCCUUUUCUCUCGGUGGACUUGGCUCUGGAUUCGCUUCCAACGGAGACGAGCUUCGAUCCUUGGCUACCAAAUCUCUUGCUCUAACUCCACAGCUAUUGGUUGAGAAGUCAAUGAAAGGCUGGAAAGAAGUUGAAUAUGAAGUUGUUCGCGAUGCUUCUAACAACUGUAUCACUGUCUGUAACAUGGAAAACUUUGACCCUCUCGGAAUCCACACUGGCGAGUCUAUUGUUGUUGCCCCUUCACAGACACUUUCGGACGAGGAAUACCAUAUGCUCCGUACAGCUGCUAUUAAGAUCAUUCGUCACCUCGGUGUUGUUGGAGAAUGCAAUGUCCAAUAUGCUCUAAACCCUCAUAGUUUGGAGUACAAAGUCAUUGAGGUCAAUGCUCGUUUGAGCCCUUCCAAGGCUACCGGUUAUCCACUUGCUUUUAUUGCAGCAAAGAUUGCUCUUGGUCACACUUUACCCAGUCUCCAAAACUCAGUAACCAAGACCACAACUGCUUGCUUUGAGCCUUCUAUUGAUUACGUUGUCACCAAGAUUCCGCGAUGGGAUCUUGCCAAGUUUCAGUAUGUCGAUCGUCAUAUCGGCUCUUCUAUGAAAUCCGUGGGUGAGGUUAUGGCCAUUGGUCGUACUUUUGAAGAGUCUCUCCAAAAGGCCAUCCGUCAGGUUGAUCCCUCCUGGCAAGGAUUCCACGGCUUGUCUGAGCCUUUUAAUGAUGUUGAUGACAUCCUGACUGAUCCAACCGAUCGCCGUCUGUUUGCCAUUGGCCAAGUAAUGCUCUCUCCCGACAAGGCCGUGCGUGAAAAGUACUCGGUAGACCACCUCCACUGCCUAACCAAGAUUGACAAAUGGUUCCUUCACAAACUCAAGAACAUCGCAGACGUCUAUCACCAGCUAUCCGACUCCAGGGGUGUGCUCUCCAAAGUUCCCAUUGACCUGCUCAAAAAGGCCAAGAAGACCGGUUUCUCUGACAUUCAAAUGGCAAAGUUGCUCGGUACAAAUGAAUUGGCUCUCCGUCAGGUUCGAAAAGAAAACAAUAUCACUCCUUUCGUAAAGCGUAUCGAUACCCUUGCUGCCGAAUUCCCUGCACACACAAACUAUCUUUAUACCAGCUAUAAUGCUUCAGAAGACGACGUGGCCUUUGACGACAAGGGUAUCAUGGUACUCGGUUCUGGCGUUUAUCGUAUCGGAUCCUCGGUUGAGUUCGACUGGUGUGGUGUAUCUUGUAUCCGUGGUCUACGAAAUUUGGGCGAAAAGACAGUUAUGGUUAACUAUAAUCCCGAGACAGUCUCGACCGAUUUUGACGAAUGUGAUCGUCUGUACUUUGAAGAACUCAGCUUCGAGCGUGUUAUGGAUAUUGCCGAAAAGGAAAGUGCCAAGGGAGUGGUUGUGAGCGUGGGUGGACAAUUGCCACAGAACAUAGCCUUGCGUUUGCAUGACAACAACAUCAAUGUACUCGGUACCUCGCCCAAGAUGAUCGAUGCUGCCGAGGAUCGUUUCCAAUUCUCGAAAAUACUCGACAAAAUCGGUGUCGACCAGCCGACAUGGAAGGAAUUGUCCAGUGUCGAAGAGGCCUUUAAGUUUGCAGACUCUGUUGGUUAUCCUGUUCUUGUUCGUCCUUCAUAUGUACUUUCAGGUGCUGCUAUGAACGUUGCCUAUACUCCUCAAGCUCUUAAAGAAAACCUUACUAUGGCUGCCGAUGUAUCCCCGCUUCAUCCUGUUGUAAUUACCAAGUUCAUACAAGGUGCCAAGGAGAUUGACAUUGAUGCGGUGGCUCACAACGGUAAAGUUCUUGUACAUGCAGUUUCUGAGCAUGUCGAAGACGCUGGUGUCCAUUCAGGUGAUGCCACUCUUAUUUUACCAUCGCUCGAUAUUGAUACACAGACCAUGGAUCGUCUCAAGACAAUUGCAGACAAGGUGGCCAAGGCAUUUGAAAUCACUGGACCUUUCAAUAUGCAAAUUAUCAAACAAGAUUAUAAUUCCACUCCGAAUUCAAAUGAGCAAGAGCCUCCCGCCCUCAAGGUCAUAGAGUGUAAUAUGCGUGCAUCUCGCUCGUUUCCUUUUGUUUCCAAGGUGCUCGGAAUCAAUUUUAUUGACAUUGCUACCAAGGCACUUGUUGGCAAGCAAGUUCCUUCUCCUGUCGAUCUGAUGAAAAAAACCUAUGACUAUCAGGCUAUCAAAGUCCCUCAAUUCUCUUGGACCCGACUCCAGGGUGCUGACCCUUUUCUUGGUGUUGAAAUGGCUUCUACUGGCGAGGUUGCAUGCUUUGGUAAAGAUAAAUAUGAGGCCUUUUGGGCUUCGAUCCAGUCAGUUCAAAACUUCCAUAUCCCGCCUCGAAACUCUGGUGUCUUGAUAGGCGGCGAUUAUGUUACCAACAUAGAUGACUACCUUCACAUUGCUUACACGUUCUACAAUGAACUCGGCCACUCGAUGUUUGUGCCGACAAAAGAAGACAAACUUAUUCUGGAAAAGGCCAAUAUUCCCUGUAUUGUAUUGCCAGUAGCUGAGCAGACCGAAAAUAAGCGUGAGCUAAACAGAAUAUUCAAGGACAAUGAUAUCAAGUGUAUUGUUCAUCUAGCCAAGGUGCGUGCUCCCGAUCAGUUUGACAAGGGUUACAUCUGUCGCCGUGCGGCUGUUGAUUUUGGUAUUCCUCUUCUGAACGAUUCUAAAGUUGCUCGUUUAUUUGUUGAUUCUUGUGUUCGUCACCGCAUUGAUGAUGUUGUGGAGAUUCCAUCUGAGGUCAAGAGCUGGGGAGAGUUUGUGGAGACUAAGAUAUAAAAACAAAUAACAAUCUAUAUUGUAUAUGUUUAUUUUAAAUAAAUGAAAUAAAACAAAAAGCAGAGAAAAAACGUUUCGCAUAUAUCCCAUAAUAUACAAAUAAUAUUAAAAUAAAUAAACAAUUGCUUUGAUUACAGUUUUCUUGUU